AAAUGAGACUGAUCUCAGAUCUGCAUGUGCAACACCGGGUUAGUCUCGAUUUAUCUCGAAUAGCAAUGAUCCCUGACAAUUGACAAACAGAAGAAAUCGCGAGGAAUUCAUUUCGGUGGACUAUGUGUGAGGUAUUGAAGGGCAUAAGUCAAUUGAUAUUUUGAAAGCUUCAAUCAGCUGUGAGAUGGCGAGCAGACGGGGACGUCGAUCCUCCUCCUCAUCGUCCUCAUCCCUCGAGGAAUUAUCGAAGCCGACGAGAGAAAGAGCAAAUGCCUCCAGGGAAAACGUAUUUAGAAUUCGCAACGACAAUGAAAAUCAAGACCUGCCAAGACGAUCGUCCGAGGAGAAUCCGUUCAGCUUCAAACAUUUUCUGAAGAAUGACCCUCAGACAAAUUAUCAAUACACUGGGGCAAGACCGAAAGUGUAUUCUUCGGGUCGUAAAACUAAUGAUACUAGUGCACUGGAAAAUGAGAGUGUAUACACUAGAAAUCCUACGGAACUCCCAGAUUUCGUUCAAGAUCAUUUGGUCAUUGAGCAGUGUUAUUUGAACCACGAGUCAGCGCCUUUCGCACAAGUUCUUCCCAAUGUUGAUCAUCUGCCAGAUUUUGCGAUCAAUAGCGUGGAGCAAAGGUCGAUGUGUCACAGAGCUGAAGGGAAAUCAGACGGUAGGGAUUUGCCAUUCGAUCUCACGGGGAGCAUCGACAGGAGAAAGAGAAGACGCGAUCGUCCAGUUCCUAAUUCAUCACCACUGGAUAAUCCAGAGGGUUCUGGUUUUGGGCGGAACCAUGAGGGCUCACCUGCGAUGCUGGACCCCAUGGCUUUCCCGCUGGAUCUACCACUCAAUCAAGAACUAAAUGGACCGAUCAAUCCUCCAGGAAUUGCACAACCAGCUGGAGACGCUAGUAUACCAAAUUCAUUGCCUGAUUUUUUGAGUGAUGGACCGAUACGAAAUAGAGUUGCACCACAGCAGGAGGUAUCCACUGCUUCGAAUCUCACAGAGCCAUUGGACAGAAGAUUACUCCUAGAGAUAGAUCUGUUACGGCACGAUCUACAAAUGUCUCGUAGGCAGAAUAAUGAGCAGAACAGACGCAUACAAGUACUUGAAGCUGAGUUGUCGUCACGUAGGGCAGUGGAUCACGAGGAGACAGUGCACCUGGAGAAAGCUAUGGAGCAAGUGGAGGAUAAUUUGAAACGGAGUACCAGACGAGCGGUUAAUGCUGAGAGUGCUGUUACAGUAUUGAAACAAGAAGUUAAAACACUGAAGCUGGAGCUUUUGGCACUUCGAGAUGAAAAUAGAGAGCUGAGGGGAGCCAUGGGUGCCAGUUGCAGUGACUCCAGGUCAACGAGUAGUGAAAAAAAAAUACAGAGACUCGCUGGAGAUUUGAGGGAUGCUGCGUCAUCGGCUAAUACUCUUCUCAGGCAGUUGAUAUCGGGUGUGGAUAAUCUGAAAGUAAUCGCCUCAGCCCUGGAGAAUGUUGACAGAAUAGAAGACAGAACCAAAGACUUUCUCUUAGACUUUGACGAGGACAACGCCGCUGGUCCGGCACUCUAACUCUCGAUAAAUAAUAAUUUUUCAUCAACCUAGACGUAACGCGCGCUAAAUAUCCCCUCCAUAACCCGUCCCGGAGGCACUAGUGGAAGGUAUACUUUCCAGAAUCUCCAGAAUCAAUUGAUAAACCGAACACGUCCAUCUGUUGUUUUCAAAUUCCAUAGGAUUUUAGAGCUAAAUCUAUCGUGUAAUUAUUUAUAAAUUAUUUGUUGUACUUUUGUAUAAUCGUAAUCGCAGUGUCAAUUUUUUAUUUCAAUUCAAUUUCACGAUGGAUAUUGAAAUCUAGUCAGGAGAGAGCAAUUUUUAAUAACUGCAUUGACUAGAUCGAGUGGACAGGGGUAAAUGGGGCAGAAUAAAUUUCCUCGUAUUUUUGAGGUAUUUUUUUUUAAGCUUCAAACUGAAAAAAAAAAUUAGAAAUCGUACCGUUGGCUUGAAAGAUAGUUAGCAACCAACAAGACCUGUUUUACCUCAUCCUCCUCUGGGAAUCAUCAAGAGUGCAGGCUUUAUUUUCAAUUGAAGAAGAAUUGCAAACUGUCCCUGAGAAACAUAAAAUUGGAUAAACGAUGUACAUGUGGCUUUUGUUAGAUAGAACUCAGUGGUGCUAUUUAGCAAUAGAAUAAUAAAUCCAA